AUGUACUUUGGACGGUUUGGGCUCAUGUUUGCACUUCGAAUGCUCGACCUUGUGCGUUUUGCAUAUCCCCUUGAGGCGCAAACAUUUGGACCGACUCGUCAAGCGCAGUUCGCGUGGCUCCUGCUUUGUGCAUCGAUUGUGCUUCUUCUUCUCAGCCCGGUCUUGUCAAUUCACUACCUGUCUGUUCCCUUGUCGUGGACGAUGGUCUAUAUAUGGAGUCGAAAAAACCGCCAUAUUAGGGUGAGUUUUUUUGGUCUUGUCGUCAUGAAUGCGCCUUAUAUGCCCUACUUUGAGCUCCUGUUUACUCUUCUGCAAAAAAGCCAGGAGGUAAAAGACAUAGUCCUGGGUCUUUCUCUUGGACAUUUGUACUAUUUCUUCGACGAACUAUGGCCUCGCGAAUAUCCAGCUCACGGACACCAUUGGCUCGGUCCCCCACAAAGCUGGGUCGACAUGUUCGGGCCGCAACCGAAUUCAUGA